AUGGCCGCUGCAAAAGAAUUUACUGAGAAGGAGCUAAACUAUUUCAAGAUUUGUCACGUCACAACUGAUAUCUUAACCAAAGGUUUGCGAACAAUUUUCAAACAAGAAUGGGACAGGUGUUACGGAACAACACUUGGAAAAUGGAAAGAUGAUCCUAGUAACGGGAAAGACUUUUGCAAUAACGUGUCCCCGGAAAACCAAAGGAGGAACAAGCAUAAGACCAUGAUUAAAGGUAAUAGAGCGGAAUGGGAUUCUACCAUGUUGUUUUACGCCAUUCUCUACUCAGGUUGCAUCUACAGUCUAAAAGCGGUGGUGAGAACGAAUGUCGACGAUCUCAGAAAAUUUCGCAAUGAAGAGUUUGCUCAUAUGCCACAAGGUCAACUUUCGGAGUUAGACUUUAAAAUUGCUAUUGGCAAAGUUUUUGCUGCAUUCCAAGCACUAGGUCUUUCCACUGUAGAAAUUCAAGAGAUCAAAAACCAAAAGACGUUUCUGACAGAGGAGGUAGGAGAUCUCUUAGACAAAGUGAAAGCUUUAAAGAAAGACUUGGACAUCAAAGAGAAAGAUAACAAGGACCUGGAAGAUCAGCUGAAGAGGACAAAGAGUCAACGCCAGGAUCUGGAAGAUCAGCUGAAGGAAACAAGAAAAAAACAAAUUUUUCUUGAAGAUCAGCUCAAGGAAACUGAAAAACAACUACAGGUUCUUAAAUAUGAGAUGAACGAAGCAGAAGAAAAACGAAUGGGUCUUGGGGAUCUCUUAGAGAAAAAAGAAAAUGAACUACAGGAAACAGAAGAACGACAAAGGAACCUUCAAGAUAACUUAAAGGAAACAGAAGAGAGACGAAAGAGCCUCCAAGAUCAGUUACAAGAGAAAGGAAAACAACUUAAGGUUCUUUCAGAACAACUCAUGAACGACAUCUCACCGUUUUGCAUUCUUCCUCCUAAACCUUCACACGACAUAGCAAGUCGCGAUAUCGAGGUUGCUAACAUCACAGACCAGUUGCAGGAGCUUAAGCAAGCUGAUGCGAGCAACUUAAGUAUCUUGUAUAUAUCCGGGAAUCCUGGCAGCGGUAAAUCCCAACUGGCAGGUCUUGUAGCCAAGAGAUUUUACGAGAAAGCCCAAGAAGAUUCCUGCUCUAAAGUGUUUGUAAUGACACUGAAUACCGAGACGCUAGGCUCACUUUUGGAUUCUUACAUCACGUUCGCUCGACAAAUAAAGUGCCCCGAAGAUGCGAUUACACAAAUCCACAUCUCCAAAGAUUUGAAGACAGAGGACAAGAUUAGCAGCCUGAUAUCCUUAAUCAGCUCAAAGAUUGGUCAGUACGAGUCCUGGCUUCUGUUGGCUGACAACGUGAAAAGCUUAUCUGAAAUGCAUGUUCAUUUACCACAGCAAGGACAUGGACAGUGGGGAAAGGGGUAUCUAUUGAUCACAACCCAAGACAAUACAUGUAUACCGUUAACAAGCACUUCCAUUCGACACAUCUCAGUAAGCGAGGGUAUGCAGUCCCAAGAGGCGUGUUCUUUGUUAGCCCUUAUUUCUGGUAUCAGUGAUAGUGAGAUAGAAGAACUAGUAGCUAGAGAACUCGACUACCAACCUCUUGCUUUAGCAAGUGCAGCCACCUAUGUGAAGCAACUCCGACAGAGCAAACGUUCCUCAGAGUUUGGAUGGAAUGACUUUCUGAGGAAAGUAGAGAAAGGGCAACGUGAUGCGACAGAGACUCUACUUACAGAGACCAACCCAUGUUACAAGAAAUCGAUGACAACAGCAACAACACUGGCCAUUAAAGAAGUGAUGCAAUCAGACAGAAUCAUAGAUCACGCAUUAAGUUUUCUCUGCCUCCUUUCGUCACAGCCCUUAAAUGCGGAUAUCGUGGUGAAUUAUAUCGUAAGCGUCGAUGAAGGAAUAAAAGAUAAAGAGAUGAUAAUUAUGAAACUCCAAAGAUGUUCGCUAAUUUUAACACAUGAAGAUGAGUUUGGUUUCCACAUACGGGUACAUCAGGUUGUGCGCGAUGUCGUAAAGUCUUUGAUUAAGGGCUAUCCGGAGAGCCGUCACAUGAAAACUUUGAAAAGCACUGUUGCGGCGUUUAACCAGUUUAUAGAUGUCAACCUACCGGAGGAAUCGUCAGAUUCAAUUAUUCAAAGCCACGCCCUUGCCCUACAUUUGAAAAAUUUCAUUCUUAGUUUUGAAAACGUACUUUCGAAAGUUGCCUUUUCACAAAUCUUCCAGCCUAACAUGGAAAGUCUCGGCAAGAUAUGUGAGAACCAUUGUCAUUUUCAGGCCACAAAGAAAUUCUAUGAAUUUUCAUUGCAAUUUUUCCUCCAAAAAUUUGGACCUAAGCACACCAGUGUUGCAACUAGUUACAAUAACUUGGGUCUGGUGUACGACAAACUGGGCGACUUUGAGAAGGCCAAGGAGUAUCACGAACUUGCUCUGAGUAUUUACCAGAAAAAGCUAGGACCUGAGAAUGUACACGUGGCAACUAGUUACAACAUCUUGGGUCUGGUGCACGAACAACUGGGCGACUUUGAGAAGGUCAAGGAGUAUCACGAACUUGCUCUGAGUAUUUACCAGAAAAAACUAGGAUCUGAGAAUGUAGACGUCGCAACUAGUUACAACAACUUGGGUGUGGUGCACAACAAACUGGGCGACUUUGAGAAGGCCAAGGAGUAUCACGAACUUGCUCUGAGUAUUAGACAGAAAAAACUAGGACCUGAGGAUGUUAAAGUGACAACUAGUUACAACAACUUGGGUGCGGUGCACGAACAACUGGGCGACUUUGAGAAGGCCAAGGGGUAUCACGAACUUGCUCUGAGUAUUUACCAGAAAACGCUAGGACCUGAGAAUGUAAAAGUGGCAACUAGUUACAACACGUUGGGUUGGGUGCACGACAAACUGGGCGACUUUGAGAAGGCCAAGGAGUAUCACGAACUUGCUCUGAGUAUUAGACAGAAAAAGCUAGGAUCUGAGAAUGUAGACGUCGCAACUAGUUACAACAACUUGGGUGUGGUGUACGACAAACUGGGCGAAUUUGAGAAGGCCAAGGAGUAUCUCGAGCUUGCUCUGAGUAUUAGACAGAAAAAACUAGGAUCUGAGAAUGUAGACGUCGCAACUAGUUACAACAACUUGGGUGUGGUGCACGGACAACUGGGCGACUUUGAGAAGGCCAAGGAGUAUCACGAACUUGCUCUGAGUAUUAACCAGAAAAAGCUAGGACCUGAGAAUGUAAAAGUGGCAUUUAGUUACAACAACUUAAGUCUGGUGCACGACAAACUGGGCGACUUUGAGAAGGCCAAGGGGUAUCACGAACUUGCUCUGAGUAUUGGACAGAAAAAGCUAGGACCUGAGAAUGUACAAGUGGCAACUUGUAACAACAACUUUGGUAUGGUGAACAACAGACUGGGCGACUUUGAGAAGGCCAAGGAGUAUCACGAACUUGCUCUGAGUAUUACCCAGAAAAAGCUAGGACCUGAGAAUGUACACGUGGCAACUAGUUACAACAACUUAGGUCUGGUGCACGAGAAACUGGGCGACUUUGAGAAGGCCAAGGAGUAUCACGAACUUGCUCUGAGUAUUAACCAGAAAAAACGAGGACCUGAGAAUGUAAAAGUGGCAACUAGUUACAACAACUUAGGUCUGGUGCACGACAAACUGGGCGACUUUGAGAAGGCCAAGGAGUAUCACGAACUUUCUCUGAGUAUUAAACAGAAAAAGCUAGGACCUGAGAAUGUAAAAGUGGCAACUAGUUACAACAACUUAGGUCUGGUGCACGACAAACUGGGCGACUUUGAGAAGGCCAAGGAGUAUCACCAACUUGCUCUGAGUAUUAGACAGAAAAAGCUAGGACCUGAGAAUGUAGACGUGGCAACUUGUUACAACAACUUGGGUAUGGUGAACAACAAACUGGGCGACUUUGAGAAGGCCAAGGAGUAUCACGAACUUGCUCUGAGUAUUAGACAGAAAAAGCUAGGAUCUGAGAAUGUAGAAGUGGCAGCUAGUUACAAUCACUUGGGUGUGGUGCACGCAGAACAGAGCGAAUAUGAAAAGGCUAAGGAGUAUCACGAACUUGCUCUGAGUAUUAGACAGAGAAAGCUAGGACCUGAGAAUGUAGAAGUGGCAGCUAGUUACAAUAACUUGGGUUCUGUCCACGAACAACUGGGCGACUUUGAGAAGGCCAAGGAGUAUCACGAGCUUGCUCUGAGUAUUAGACAGAAUAAGCUAGGACCUGAGAAUGUACAAGUGGCAACUAGUUACAAUAACUUGGGUUCCGUUCAUCAACAACUGGGAGACUUUGAGAAGGCCAAGGAGUAUCACGAACUUGCUCGUAGUAUUUACCAGAAAAAGCCACGACCUGUGCGUGUUUAUGAUGCGUCUGUACCAGCUACCAAAAGUCUCGUGAGGUCUGUUUAUUUGGCUCAGGACACUUUACGGCAAGCCGAGGAGUGUCAUUUUCCUCCCACUAACUACCGUUCCCGGAAACGCGCACGUGAAGAUAGUCUUGCUCUAGUGAAAAACGAUGGGAUCGAUGGCUUGAGUCAAAGCUUGUUUGAAAGUAGUGCUGAAUCCUCUAAAAAGCGAAAGACAAAAAAGGAGUGA